AUGGACGUGCGUCAAGUGCCAGUUAUCGACAUCGGAGCCCUAAUGACCCCCGCCACUGAUGCUGAAGUGGACUCCGCUCUGCGUGACCUCACGAGCGACGACCUGCGCCAGGUUGUCGACAAGGUGCGCGCCGCCGCGAGUGAGUGGGGGUUCUUCUCCAUCGCCAACCACGGACUACCGCAGCAAGAGGUGGACGAGUUCCAGGAGGCCAUACGCUCCUUCUUCCGUCUGCCAGUUGAGACCAAGCGCACGAUCCUUCGAACGGCCAACAACAACCGUGGCUACGUCGUGGACGAGCUCACCAAGAACAAGACGGACUGGAAGGAGUGCUUCGACUUUGCUGGCGCCCACGAAGACGAACCCCCUACCGACAAGAUCGAGCGGCUGGGCGAUGAUCGCAACCAGUGGCUCGAGGAGGAUAUUCUACCUGGGUUCCGAGACGAGAUGCAGACGUACUACAAGAAGAUGGAGUACAUCUCGCGUCGCCUGUUGAAGGUAUUCGCCGUCGCGUUGAGUGAGGAGCCGGCCUUCUUCGACCAGUUCUACCAGGGGAACCACUCGAGUCUGCUGAGACUGAACCACUACCCGGUGGCCCUCGAACCGGAGAAGACCAUGGGCGUCUACCACCACACCGACUUCGGUGCACUCACCGUCCUGCUGCAGGACGACAAUGUGGCGUCGCUGCAGGUACUCCACCGCGAGUCGCAGACGUGGGUCAACGUUCCUCCACGCAAGGGCACGUACACGAUCAACAUCGGCGACAUGGUGCAGGUCUGGUCGAACGACAAGUUCAUGGCCCCGCUGCACCGCGUGGUGGCUAGCGACAAGGCUGGGCGCUUCUCGGCUCCGUUCUUCUACAACCCGUCCAACCACGUGACGAUCGAGCCCAUCGUGGUGAAGGAGGGCGAGGUGGCCAACUACCGGCCGUUCAACUGGCGUCAGUUCCAGUUGGCCCGGUACCAGGGCAACUACGCCGACGUAGGCAAGGAGAACCAGAUCGGAGACUUCAAGAUCCACGGAGCUAUUGACGUCGCCAACGCGUAG